AUGCUUAAUAAUAGCAACGGUUUUUUUAACGCCAAUAACAAUAACGGCGGCAACGCGCGGGUUAACGCUAAUUAUUUGCUUUGCCAUUAUAUUUUGGCCGCGAUACCGGUAAUUCGCCGGCAUGUCCCCGGGGGGUCCGUACCCGGCUAG